AUGCAGACGAUUGCCGAGGACUUUGCCAUCUUGGCAACGCCCGGGUCUUUCUCGCUGCCUGGACCAGGUAGCACCUCGUCAACUACAAGAGAAGACCGCAUUCCGUCGGACGUUAUCCAGCCAAGCCGCGGAAUGCCAAGUAUCCGGUCAUCAACCAGUGAAGGCGCUUGCAAGCGCGUGUGGUGUGGAGUCUCGAGGGAAUCAAUGGACAGACACGUGCCAGUGGUGAUGAGCGUCGUCAUUGGCGCGUACUUGGGCGUCGGAAUUCGCGUCUUGUUGACGGAAUUUGCCAAUGUUAUCAGCGAGAGUCAGGCGGACUUGUUGGAGCUUCUGGGCUUUGGGUACUUCCUGCCCAAUGUAGUUGGCUGCUUUGCGAUGGGCCUCGCUGCACGCGUGAGACCGAUCUUGCGUGGUCAGUAUGACGUGCUGCUUACAGGUGCGACGACAGGCUUUUGCGGCAGUUGCACCACUUUUGCUGGUUGGGACCUUGGCGUAGCGCUCAUGUUUGUCCGCGGUCGCUGGUUGACCGCCACGUUGGUGCUGUGUAUCCACGUGGCGAGUGCAAUCACGAGCCUUCGACUGGGCUUCCAUGUUUCCGACGGGGUUGUGCACUACUUCACGAUGCGAGAGUACCCGUUCCGCAAGCCGCCAGUCAACCUGCCACAGCUUAAUCUGGAUCUGGAAACAAGUAUUUGUCGCUUCCGAGAGAUGCAGACACACACGUUUGGCCCGCUAGUAGCUCGACGAGUUCAGGCGACGGAAGAGGCACUAGUUUUGGCGAGAGACUCGUGCAAUGAAUUAACAGCGGAAAUCACCCAAGUGGAGCACGAACAGCAAGCUAUCAACCACCACAGCAUGAUCUGGGUGGUGGCAGCACUCACGUUGACGGCGCUUUUCUGGACACUCGCGUUCUGUGGCUUCGACAACUACCCUAGCUCGCGGCUCCUGGCCGUUUGUUUUGCCCCUUGGGGCGCACUGCUGCGAUGGUACUUGUCAAUGUACAACAGCGAGCCCAUGUGCAGACGAUUCCCGUUUUUCACUUUCUGGCCCAACUUGUCUGCGUCGUGUCUGAGCUGUGCAAUGGAGAUCGUCCGCAGUAUUGCAUACCAUGAUAGCGCUUCGUCGUACCGCGAUUUCGUGAUGUUCGGCCAAGGAGGCGUGAUGGUUGGCUUCCUUGGUUCAUUUUCUACGGUUUCGACGUGGGUGUAUGAGCUGGAUAACCUCUCGUCGAGGCGCCUGAUCUGGGCGUAUCGCUACGGUCUCAUAAGCAUCGUUGUCGCGCAGCUUGCAAGUGUUUUUAUUCUAGGCAUGUACAGUGCGUACGGCAGCGACCCGUUUGUCGAAUAA